CUGAUAUACCAUAAUAACACAUAUAACAAAUCUGAUGCAUAAUAAAUUCUUUAACUAGUUAUUGUGCAAAGACUUUUCUUUUAAAUCAGUCAAGAAAUAUUAAAUCAGAAUCAAAUAGAGUUUUAAACUAGCAAGUGACAACUUAAAAAUGCCAAAAGUAUCCAAUCGUACACCAAGAGGAUCCUUCAGUGAAUAUGAUGUAACUGCGACAAAAGUAAAACAUUGUGCAUACUGCAAAAUUCAUGAUAAAUUAUUUCCGGAAAAGAACCAUAAGUCAAAGUGCAAGUUCAACAAUACUGAACAUUUUUCGACUUGCAGACCAUGCUAUCAAAACCACAAGAAAGCCACAAAUGUCAAAAAUUGGCGAGAGAAAAAGAAAAACGAAAAAGACGCUGGCAAUGGCAUAAAUGAUUUUUUGGGAAAUCUUAUUGAAAAAUCUGAAGUUGAUUCGAUAGCAGUUGAAUGUGAGGACAUCCUCGGAGCAAUAGAAACUCAAAACAGCUUAAUCCAAAACUUUGGGGCAGAGCAAGUUAUAGAAAUGGAAGUCGAUGAUGAAAUUGAUUCACAAAACAUAAGCUACAUGGCCCCUCCUCCAUCUGAGAUUCCAGACUCAAACAUGAAUGAUCUAGGACUUAUCCUUGCAGUGAUGCCACACAAUUAUCCUUACAAUUCCUUCAGUGAUGAAGACACAUGUGCAUUGCAAACAUAUGUUGAAGACAUGAUUGAUAAUAUGACAGAAGGAAGCAAUUUUCCUAAAUUUUCCAGCAGCAUCAAUGAAUCUGGAUACUGGAGAGUCAGCUGUGUUGAUGAUUUUACUCGCCAAUGGUUUUUGGAUAUCAUUACAAACUUUAUGGUGUCCGUAAAUGGUGCAGAUGAGCCAAUUAAAGUUGUAUCGAUAAAUGAUGUAAAGAAAUGUGUGCUAACUACAGUUAUACCUGCAGACACUAAUGAAUCAAAUGAUCCAAAUAGAAUUUUAAAUAAGUUUCACAAACAUAAUCGUUUUCUAGACAUUUCAAGAUGGAAUGAGAUAAUUUUGGAAGUUUGUAAUGAAGGCUACAAAAUGAAGUUUGAAGUUGAUUCGAUGAGUUUAAGACAAAUUAUGAAUAACAAUUUCACAUUGAAUUAUGGAAUAGAACGACUUAAGCUUGUUUUAAUUUAAGAUUUAAUAUUUUUUGAAUAACAUUUUAAGAAACUUUGAUGAAAUAUUUUAUUAAAAUUUAAACAAGG